GGCGGAGGAGCGGAGGAGCAGCCCAGCGCCCUCCUCAGUGUGCAUGUUAGACCCGUGAUGAUCGCCGUGGUCGCGCUGUGGUCCCUACGCCCGCACCAAGGGACGGGCGGCGCCCACACCCGUACUCCGGGCUGUUGAGCGGGGCGGAGCCACGCUGUCGGCAGGCCUCCUCGGCUGAGGCCCGCCCAGCAGAGAACCGCCCGCAACAGCAGCAGCAGCAACGCCCACGACGCUGCUUCUGCUGCUGGUGGUUGAGGUGGUGGCGCUGGCUCUGUCUGGCCGCGCCCGCCCACCAGCACGACCAGGACACGCCCCACCAGCAGCAGCAGCUAGCGGCGGCGGGGGGGCGGCGGGAGCAGCAGCAGCAACAGCAGCAACAGCAGCAGCAGCAGCAGCAGCACCAGCAUCGCCUAGGCCUAGGGGACCACUUACUUCUCCUUCGAAGGCCAGCAGGGGCGGCGUCUUCCCGAGACGGCCCCUGCAACACCACAAGCAACAACAACAGCAACAGCGAGGGCGGCGGCGAGGGCAGCGGCUGGGGCGGAGGCGGCGGAGACGACGAAGGGCAGGCCAGCAGCAUGGCGCUCACUCAGCCCAACACAUCCCCGCCCGCCCACUGCUUCGUCAAGCGCACCUUCCACAAGCCCGUUUACUGCCACCACUGUACCGAUCUGCUCUGGGGCAUCAUCGGCCAGGGGUACACAUGCGAGGUGUGCAACUUCGUUGUACAUGACAAGUGUUUGAAAACUGUGGUGUCGCCAUGUUCGACGGUUGCCCCUACUCUAGUCAAGACCCCGGUUGCGCACUGCUGGUCGGAGCCUGCGCACCACCGUCGGAGGCAUUGCAAUGUCUGUCGCAAGAAACUAGACGAUACAUACGCCAUACGAUGCGAAGUCUGCGAAUAUUACGUGCACGUGGAGUGCGGCGACUUCACGGUGGCCAAUUGCAAAGACUGCGCGACCUUCGUGCCGGAGAAGAGCCACCAGAAAGUCGUGCAACUGCACCACUGGCGGGAGGGAAACCUCCCACCCAACUCCAAAUGUGUGGUUGACAAGAAGACCUGCUGGACGGGAGAAUGUCUGGCAGGAAUGAGGUGCGAGUGGUGUGGGUACACAGUACAUGCCAUGUGCGCCGAGAAGGUGCCCCUGGACUGCACCUUCGGGCUCCUGGAGCCAAUUAUGCUACCACCUGCCUCAGUCAGUAUACCGAGAACUGAAGUCCCGAUGGAGGCAAUAAUAGGAGUGCAAGUCAAAAGGAAGGAUAAUACUCUCUCACCUCGCAGCAUAUCUGAGGAGUUCACUAGCGGGGAUUACAAGAUAAGAGAACAAGAGGAGGCGCCGAGAGGAAGUGCCAAAGAAAAGGAAGAGAAAGACGAAGAAGUUGUGAAAGUGUUUGACGGCAACAGUUCGCUCCGAAGGCGCAUGUUCCGGCUCGUGACCAUACCGAGGACGGCGACGGUGAGGGAGUUCCUGACGGCGGCCAUGAGGGCCUUCCACGUGUCACAGGAGAACUCGAAAACUUACCUCACCGACGCUUACUCUGCCGACGAGACCGAAGUCGAGGACCCGCUGCCCGUCACCAAGCUCACCAGGAGGGACGGCAAGAGACCAGCGGUAUUUCUUAGGUACAGGGAAAGGGGCAACGAUGAGGGCUACAUCCGGGUGUAUCCGUCUCGCCUGGGCACUGCCGUGUCGAUUGACCACACCGUUUUACCCGUGACGUCACACACGUGCGUUACCGAUGUCAUCAUCACGGCGCUGCAGAGGUUUGGCCUCCCGGAGAGCAAGCCCGACGACUACCGUCUCAUGGAAGUCAUGUUGGAUAAAGGAGUUUCAGAGAGAGUGAUGGAAACCACUGAGAAGCCCUGGGAGCUCCUGAAGGCCAUCGGGCGUGACAGCAUCCGGCAGAUGGAGAUGACCAGAUUCUACCUUCAGCUGAAGAAGGACCCCCACGGUCCGAAGAUCGCGCUCUUUGUCGGAAGCCUCCCACCAAACUUAUCACAGCGGCAGUACGAAAACAUCUUGGCAGACAUACUGAGCAAAGUUGGGUAUAAAUACUCAAGCAUCGGCCCCAUCUACUAUGAAUAUGGGUCAAUGGUUAUUACUUAUGAAGACUCUGAUCUAGCAGUAAGAGCAUUCUACACACUGAGAGAGUCCUGCUAUGAUGAUAAGCAUCUUCUAGUGAUGCUGUUGCCAAAUAUAUUACCCCACAUGAUUCCUGAGGGAGUCCAGCCCCUCCUAGUGUUUGUUAAUGUCAAAUCUGGUGGAUGCCAGGGGCUGGAGCUUAUCACCUCCUUCAGGAAGCUUCUAAAUCCUUAUCAAGUGUUUGAUCUCGACAAUGGAGGGCCCUUACCUGGCUUGUACGUGUUCCGACAUGUGAAACAUUACAAGAUUCUGGUUUGUGGAGGAGAUGGGACUGUUGGAUGGGUUCUACAGUGUCUUGAUAAUGUGGGCCAGGAUUCUGAGUGCCAGUCUCCCGCAUGUGCCAUUGUUCCCCUCGGAACUGGCAAUGACCUUGCGAGGGUCCUGCGUUGGGGUCCAGGGUACAACGGUGGCGAGGAUCCUAUCAACCUGUUGAAGGAUGUGAUUGACGCUGAAGACAUCCGCCUUGAUAGAUGGACAGUGGUCUUUCAUGUGGAUGAAAAAGUAGAUGAAAAGCCUUCAGUACCCAACCAACAGCAAGUACCCACAAGUGAGGACAACACUCAGAUCUUCGUGAUGAACAACUACUUUGGAAUUGGCAUCGAAGCUGAGCUCUGCCUGGACUUCCACAAUGCUCGAGAGGAGAACCCAAAUAAAUUCAACAGCAGACUGCACAAUAAAGGGGUCUAUGUGAAGAUGGGCCUGAGGAAGAUGGUGUCACGCAAGUUGUGCAAAGACCUCCACAAAGAGAUCCGUCUGGAGGUAGAUGGGAAACACGUGGAACUGCCACCCCUGGAGGGAAUCAUCAUCCUGAACAUCCUCUCCUGGGGUUCGGGAGCCAAUCCCUGGGGUCCGGAGAAAGACGACCACUUCAACAAGCCCAACCACUGGGAUGGAAAUCUGGAAGUCGUCGGAGUCACUGGAAUUGUCCACCUAGGGCAAAUCCAGUCUGGGCUUCGGUCGGCAAUUAGAAUAGCCCAGGGUGGUCACAUCCGCAUCAAGCUCAACUCUGAACUUCCAGUCCAGGUGGACGGAGAGCCCUGGAACCAAGCUCCAGGAGAAGUAGUUGUCCUGAAGUCGGCUCUAAAGGCCACUAUGCUGAAGAAAAGUAAGAUCAGACGUCGGAACACCGAACCCACGCUACAUGCUUCAAAUGUAUCGAGUCUACCAAACAGCCCCCAGUAGUGGAGGCUUCCUCCCAAAGCCUCAGGCGAAGGCAGCAGACUGGGGCUUUGUGUGCAGCCUCCUCCAGUGGCUGCUGUGGUCUUGAAGCAUCAACAACAACACAAUCUCCUCACCCGUGUAUUUAAAAAAAUGCAUACGCCCCCUUCUAAUGAUCUCCCAACGUUUUAUAGAAGCUUAAACUAAUGUUAUAUAUAUAUAUAUACUACAACGAAGCAGGCAUCAGAAAAAAAGAAAGGGAAAAAUAUAUAAAGAAGUGGUUGAGUAGAGUUAAAAGGAGAUUUCAAAAAAACACCACAUUUUGCAUUGGUUCAACGACCCUCACUUUUUACGUAAUGGCGAAGAUAAAGAAGAUGAUAUUUUGGGUUCGAUACCAAUCGUAAUACUAGCUUCCUAGAACCCGCGGCCUCUGUUCCUGUUUUGACAAGAGCAGCUGCAGCAGGCAAAAGUUUCCCAGAAUGCGCGAGAUGUGCUUCACCUGUUGCUCGUUCGGUGGACAUGAUUCCACGAUUCCUAGCCUGUGUCAUCUCCAACGAUCUUAUUCACAGCCACUCGCCUUCACUUCCCAUCUAGAAAAUGUGGAAGCCGUGCUUGAAAGAACUCCGCUUUUGCGUGUAAAUGAGAAAAUUUGGUCAUUUUAGAACACAGAGACUCGGACGGGUGAACUUUCGAUUGAAGGGCCUAUACGCUGCUACUGUGACAAGGGCCGUUGUAAAGCUUUAACCUAUAUAUCUAGCGAAUGUAAAGCCCUGAAAUCUAACGAUUGGUGUUUUCUGUUUUAAAAAAACGAGCAAAAUCUCUUAAUAUAUUUUACUGUAAUUCCUCUUGAUCUGUUUCUGAUUACAGUCUGAUUUAGGUUUCCGAGAACAAAAUCUUUCAGAGGCUCUCGUUUUCGUAAACCGCUGAUUCUUCUUCUCGUCGCAAGAAGAAGAAGAAGAAGAUCCGCUUGACCGCAUCACGCCGCGAGUCUCCUGAGUAGCACUGUGAGGCUGUUCUUGUUUCGUUAAAGUCAGCAGCACUCUACCAAAUUCAUUUCCUCAAGCAUUACUAAAUGGGAAGGAUGACCAAUUAUGAAAAGAUAUGGAGGAGGAACGUUGAAAUCUUCGCCUGUAGGUACUUUGACUGAUCGUAAUCCAAGAGGGUCAGGCAGAAAUUCGCCAGCGGCCCUUGUUGAAAGCAAGUUGCUUAACUAUAUUUGUAGCGUGAGGGAGCUUUGGCAUUUGUUAAGAGAUUGACCAGUGAGUAAUGAGUCAUCAUUGCCAUCUACUUUAAAAAAAAAAACUAAGAUUUCUUUGCCAUUCGGAAGAUAAAACGCUGGAAAAUUAUAUGUCCAGGUGACCAAGGUUCAAUAUGGACACGAUUGAAAAGAACGAAACCUUUUCUCCUUGGAUCAACAUAUUUCUUUUUUUCCGUGUAUGUAUUGGAAUUUUUCCCUCCCCUGUUAUUAAAUGGUAUUGGCUUGUACUGUCUGUGAAUUGAGACAAAGUUGAACCGAGGGGGGGUUGGGACUGCGUCCCUCCCCCCCCGAAAUCAUCCCUAGUUAGAUUAUAAAGGUUUGAUAAACGUUGUUUUUCCUUUUGUGUAGUCAGCUGUUGUUGUUUCAUUUUGUGAAUUUUUGAUCUCACUAAUAGCAUUUACCUCAAGAGUCAUUCUUUGUUUUAUAGGAAAUCCUUUAAUUUUGUAACCUUAAGUAUGUUAACAGUUUAUUGAUAUGGAAGAAAAAAUAAUAUGUGUUAAAAUAAAAAAAAUGAAUUUACAGCCGUAAAGAUGCAGCACACUUUCGAAUCCUGUGUCAUUAUGUUGGACGUUUGUAACGGAUCAGAAGAAGAAAUUGUAACCUCCGAGAAUUCGGAUUCAUUUUCGUAUUGUUCCUCUUUAUUACCUCUCUGUCUCUCUCUUUCUCUCUCUUUCUCUCUUUCUGUCCCUCCCUAAUACCAAUUUUGCAUUUAAUCCGUUUCCCUGCGGAUCAGACCGGAUCUAACUGGAUCUGACCGGAUCUAACCGGAUCAGACCAGAUCCACGUGGUCGAUUUAGCAAACGGAGAGGACACGUCGCGCAUGAGUAUUUUUAGAAGCAACGCGAGCGUCUCUUUAACCUCUUCUUCCACAUAAAAAAUAAAUAAAAACACUUUAAAAAUAAACGAAAAAUAAAAUGUGCUUACAAUCAAGUGUUCCAAAUGUUUCUUAUACUUAUGGCUCCUUGUAAUUAUAUAUUUACAAAGAAAGUACCAAUCAGGACUUCCACGUAUUAUCAUAAAGUUCUCCCGAUUUCUCGAGACUUUUUUUGUAUCGACUCCCCGAUCUCUUCCCCUGUUUGUCACUCGAUGAAUAUUUCUUUUAUAUUAUAAUCUAUUUCUCUUCCCUUAAUCAUCAGGAAUUCCUGUCUCGUUAUCUCGUAUGAAACGUAUAUAUAAUAUAUAUUCAAUAUAUCUUAACUAAUAUAUAAUUUAGGGGGAUCUCUCCUGCGUGGGAAUUCUCCAAAAAAAAAAAAAAGAAGUAAAGGUUCUUUCUGAAAGUACUCUAUGAAUAUCUAUUUAAUGUGUUCCAAUAGCCUCUCCUCUGUACUACCUACUAUGCUCUCUCCUAGCUCCAAUGUUCCUUUCUGUCCUAGUCCCGUAAGACCCCUGAUGCGUUUUGAUUUGCAAGUGUUCCUCGAGGAUUAUCACUCCCUUGAGGAUGCUCCUCCAUUAUCUCCUACUCCUGACUCCUCUUCCCUCCACCUAAUCCAUCUCCUACUCCUCCUCCUCCUCUUUCUUGAAGUGUUUUUAUUUUGGCCUCAAGUGGAUUCUUUUGUGAAAGCUGAUGUCUGUCGCCUCUCCUCAUCUGUUUCUCGUCUCUUUGAACUUGAAAAAAAAAAAACCUUCACGAGCCCUUUUUGAUGGCUCUCUGUCUCACCUUUCUUCCUACAUUCCUUCCUUCCUUCCCAGUGACUGCUGGGGUUUUACAGUUCGUAGGUGUUUUAACUGAAGUGAUUCAGCCUUUAAUACUUAAUACAGUAAACUUACUUCUGAGUCAAGUCAUCCUUUUGUUGAUGUGUCCCCCCCACCCCCGCCCCCAACCCCCAAACUCCUCUUUCAAAGUAAUCACUCUUGUAUACAGACCUUAAUUCCUAUAUGGUUCCUAAAUGGUUCAUCUUGUAUGUUCCCUAAAAAUCCAUGAUGGUUCCACUUAACAUAUUAAAAGGAAAAGAACUCUUGUGGUCAUAAUUAGGUGUUCCCGAAUCCUGAGUGAAGAAGACCUCUAUAUUAGGUGUUUCUUACUACUUUCUGUGGUCUCCCCUAAGUGUUCCUUAUCCCGGCUCCCCCUUUUUAUGUCAAUUCAUGUUGUUGUCCAGAGGGGAUCCAGUUUUUGAAGAUUGCCGCUACUGGUUUUCUUCGUUUGAGCAUUUUCUCUUGAGAUCAUGGUUUUCAUUUCUUCCUCUCUCUCUCUCUCUUUCUCUUUCUCUCUCGUAUUUCAGCUCUUCUUCUUCUUUACGUCUUCUCUGUCUGAUCGUUCUGUUAGACCUGAGAUAAUCUUCCUCGUUUCUCUCUCCUGCCCCUUCUGAUUUCUUAGCUUUUUUGAAUCCCCUUUCUUCUCUUUAGCAAAAAAACCCUUUUGACAGUUUUCCCUUUUACCUUAAGUGGUCCCUUUACGAUGCAAUGUUCCCUUUGCCCAUCCCGUUUCUAGUGGUUCCCUUUAUGGUGUUGCCACCUCCUCCUCCUCCAGUGGUCCCUCUACAGUGUUGCCACCUCCUCCGCGCUUCGCCGUGUAUGGGCGCGGUUUUGCUGUAGUUCUUCCACGUUGUAUGUUGUAUUGUAUACUUUGUGGUGUGUUGUACUGCACACUGGUGGUCAGAUAGUUUGUAUGUAUGACUCAAAACAUAAGCAGAGAGUGAAUGCUUGCGUAUAAACAUCUCCAUCAUUUGUAUGUACUGGCCAUAAGGAUAUGCCUGAAAAUUGUACCAAAGCUUAUGUGACUAUAUACAGUAGGAAAGACAUUGAGUGCAAUUACUUUGGAAAGUGUAAGUGGAGCGUCGUCUUGUUCCUUGGACGAAUGAUCCAGCAUCGCGUUGCAUGAGUAAAUCUGCCGAUGAAAGUUGUUCGGCUGAAUCUGCGAGGAGCGCGUUUAUCAGAGUGCGUGGAGAAGAUAAACAAUGUAACACAGUGCAGAAGUGCUGACAGAUCGGAAUGAAAGAGAGACAGAAAGGUGAUGCAUGCUUGAGAAACUGAUCCCUCGUCCCGUUUUGACUGCCUACCCCGUACAUCAACGAAUGAAUGUGGAAUGAUUGAUUCAAGCCUGGAGACAGGCGAAAAACGAACAGUGCUGGUGCUAGUGCUGUGAACACAAAAUGAGUCGUCAUAUCCAGCCAGGGUCCACCGCAUAUCUGCCAGGCGACCGUCCCGCUAAAACACAGAGUCGCGGGGGUUGCCCUGGCCCGGGCCAUCACACUCCCUGUGGUGGUUCAGCAUUGGUUCUCGUGGCCCACAGCGCGCGUCCCAGGAUUGUCUGGCCGGUGAGUCUAGCCGGGCGCGGUGUGGGCUGGACCAUACUUCCCCCCCACGUGCUACCCGGGGCUCAGUUGUUUCUCGGAACAAUUGGGUGGAACGUGGGGCCACUGACAAUCGCGUGUUGUUUGUGUCGCUGUGGCUUGUGGCGGAGGCGCCGGCGCACAGCAGCCUGUGGCAGCGCGCGUGCGGGUUGGCGAGCCCGCGGCCUGGUGGACCGCCCGGGGACGCUCGCCCACUGCUACUUGUGCGCUGCGGUGCGCCGGAGCACCUGGGCUCCCGAGGCCCUCACAUGUCAGUAUUUAUUCAGUUUAACCUGCAAUAAAAGUCAAAUCUAUAUUCAUGUGGAUUAUAGAGUGAUAACAUUCGUGAACAUAUAGAAUAUUAAAUGUACAAACAUAA